AUGGCCCAACGAGUUGCCUUGGAUCUAUCCUUCAAGUCACCCAUUCGUCAACUCACUGAGACAAACUACUCGGAGUGGCUCAUUGACGUGCGUGCCUUGUUACGUAAACAAAAGUUAUGGAAGUAUACCCAAGAGACCCCUCCCGGGACAUUGACCGUUACAGCCCUGGCCAAAUGGAAGGAUUCUUCUAAAGAGGCUGCUGAUGCGAUGACACCCACUAUCAGUGGCCCUGUCAAGCAACGACUUGCAGCUGAUGAGUUCAAUUGUGGCUUCAAAAUGAUGUCCCACCUCGCGGAUCUCUACCGUCCCACCGGGGAUAACGAAUUCAUGCGCCUCACCGCACAAUACUACACUAUCAAAUACAACAAAUUCGACUCCGUGACCGACUAUAUCACUCAUAUCAAGUUACUCGAAGAGCGCAUUGCAGCCACCAACGUCAAACUUACGCCCGAUAAACAAACGAUCCUUUGCCUAUCGAUGUCCCUUCCCGAUCAUCUCCAAUACUUAACCAAAAUCUGGGCUGUUACCCCCGAUAUGACGGCUCACAAAGCGGUAAAUAUACUCCUGGAAGAGGAGAGAAAGGGGGAAAAGCCGAAGCUUACGGAGGCGGAGGAGAUAGCCAGUAUAUUUACGAAUGCGGGGGUUAUAAGUGGGAGUGAUAAUCGAAAGAGUUACAAGACGUGUGGCAAGAUGCAUAGACCAGUGUGUUACACCGAGCAUCCGGAAUUGGCUCCAGAGUGGUAUCACGAGAUGACAAGAGGUACGAAGCGGAAGCGCACCGAGAACGAGGCCACUGCGGCGAUUGCGUUUUCUUUUUGA